AAAGGUCAUGGCCAAGGACAAGAGUGAAGACGAGCAGACAGGUGGUAAAAUCUCACCAGGGGGGACAAUAGGCUACCCUCGAAGAAAUAAAAAAGGAAAAUUUCAAUUGUAACGCUUCAUCAAAUCAAACCAAACCCUUAUUGGGUUUUGGGUAAAAUAAGGGGAAGGGGGCAUGUUUACCAGAAACGCAGAGAAGGGAAGGGUUGGUCGACUACACCACCCAACUCACAGUCAAAACACGCCUAACCCCCAGAAGAAGAAUUUGUGGGUUCGUGAUGUGAUCGUAAUGCAGAGAGGGGAAGCCUUUUAUGCGCUCGACAUGGUUGGCCCUGUUCGCUUCUCCAAUUUUUGACACGGAGAUCUUAAAUGGAAAGGGAAAGGGGAAAAGAACAGAAGCUGCAUUGAGGGCUGUUUUUGUGUGGGGAGAGUUAACUCGCACUGUGAGAGAGAGAGAGAGAGAGAGGGUAGCUGGGAACCACUAGGGAGGGGAAGCGGUGGCAGGUACGACCACGUGCUGCCACCACGUGCUGCUCUCAGUAAAGCCGUUAAAACACGAGCCGACCUCCAUGCUCAAACCCAAACCCACGCAUCCGCUGCAAUUUCCUGGUUGAAGGAUUUCGUAUUGCGGUACAAACCCGCAUUAUGGGUUCUGGGGAUUCUGGUUUUUCUUUAUGAUCCUCAAUGUUCAUGCCCGCGAAGCAUGCUGAGUAAAAUUCAGUUGCAGUGACAGGGAUUCUCAACACAUAUUUAUCUUUAUCGUCGAGCAUGUCAGAAGCUCAAAGGAGAUCAAUGAUGGCUGGUGUUGUGCGCGGAAAUGGGUUUGUAAAUGGAGUAAUUCCAAUUAGAAAUCCUGCUACAUCAAUAGUUGAUGAAUUCUGCUCUGCUCUUGGGGGAAAAGAGCCUAUUCAUAGUAUUUUAAUUGCAAACAAUGGAAUGGCAGCUGUUAAAUUUAUACGUAGUGUCAGGACAUGGGCUUAUGAGACAUUUGGUACAGAGAAGGCAAUCUUGCUAGUAGCAAUGGCUACUCCAGAAGAUAUGAGAAUCAACGCAGAGCAUAUUAGAAUAGCAGAUCAGUUUGUGGAAGUUCCUGGGGGGACUAACAACAAUAACUAUGCCAAUGUGCAGCUUAUUGUAGAGAUGGCAGAAAUAACACAUGUUGAUGCUGUUUGGCCUGGUUGGGGCCAUGCAUCUGAGAACCCUGAGCUGCCAGAUGCACUGAAUGCAAAGGGAAUCAUAUUUCUUGGGCCACCAGCCACAUCUAUGGCCGCAUUGGGAGAUAAAAUUGGUUCGUCAUUGAUUGCUCAAGCAGCUGAAGUGCCCACCCUUCCAUGGAGUGGCUCUCAUGUGAAAAUUCCACCAGAAUGUUGCUUGGUUACUAUCUCUGAGGAAAUAUACAGGGAAGCAUGUGUCUAUACAGCGGAGGAAGCAAUUGCUAGUUGUCAAGUUGUGGGUUACCCGGCAAUGAUUAAGGCAUCGUGGGGUGGAGGUGGUAAAGGCAUAAGAAAGGUUCAUAAUGAUGAUGAAGUCAAGGCACUGUUCAAGCAAGUUCAGGGUGAAGUUCCUGGUUCACCCAUAUUUAUAAUGAAGGUUGCUUCCCAGAGCCGUCAUUUAGAAGUCCAGUUACUCUGUGAUCAAUAUGGCAAUGUUGCAGCUCUUCACAGCCGUGAUUGCAGUGUUCAGAGGCGGCACCAAAAGAUUAUUGAGGAGGGCCCAAUUACAGUAGCUCCACUUGAGACAGUGAAAAAGCUGGAGCAGGCUGCCAGAAGGUUAGCCAAAUGUGUGAAUUAUGUUGGAGCAGCCACUGUUGAGUAUCUGUACAGUAUGGAAACUGGAGAGUACUAUUUUUUAGAGCUUAAUCCUCGAUUACAGGUGGAACAUCCUGUCACUGAGUGGAUUGCUGAAAUAAAUCUGCCAGCCGCACAAGUUGCAGUUGGGAUGGGUAUUCCUCUCUGGCAAAUUCCUGAAAUAAGGCGGUUUUAUGGAGCGGAAAAUGGUGGGGGCUAUGAUACUUGGAGGAGAACGUCAGUUGUUGCCACACCUUUUGAUUUUGACCGAGCAGAGUCUACAAGGCCAAAAGGUCAUUGUGUAGCUGUUCGUGUAACCAGUGAGGAUCCAGAUGAUGGUUUUAAGCCUACUAGUGGGAAAGUUCAGGAGCUGAGUUUUAAAAGCAAGCCAAAUGUGUGGGCUUAUUUCUCUGUCAAGUCGGGAGGUGGCAUUCAUGAAUUCUCAGAUUCUCAAUUUGGACAUGUUUUUGCAUUUGGGGAUUCUAGGGCUGUGGCCAUUGCAAACAUGGUUCUCGGUCUGAAAGAAAUUCAAAUUCGAGGAGAAAUUCGUACAAAUGUUGACUACACAAUUGAUCUUUUACAUGCUUCAGAUUACAGAGACAAUAAAAUCCACACAGGCUGGUUGGAUAGUAGAAUUGCUAUGCGGGUUAGAGCAGAAAGGCCACCUUGGUAUCUUUCUGUUGUUGGAGGUGCUCUUUAUAAAGCAUCUGCUAGCAGCGCGGCUGUGGUUUCAGAUUAUGUUGGUUAUCUUGAAAAGGGGCAAAUCCCGCCAAAGCAUAUAUCACUUGUCAAUUCUCACGUUUCCUUGAACAUUGAAGGAAGCAAAUACACGAUUGAAAUGGUGAGGGGAGGACCAGGAAGCUAUAGAUUGAGGAUGAACAAGUCAGAGAUUGAAGCAGAGAUACAUACUUUACGUGAUGGAGGUUUAUUGAUGCAGUUGGAUGGAAACAGUCAUGUUGUUUAUGCAGAGGAAGAAGCCGCUGGAACUCGCCUUCUCAUUGAUGGAAGAACUUGCUUGCUUCAGAAUGAUCACGAUCCAUCUAAGUUAGUGGCAGAGACACCGUGCAAGCUUCUUAGGUAUUUAGUUUUAGAUGGCAGUCAUGUUGUUGCUGACAUGCCAUACGCAGAGGUUGAGGUCAUGAAGAUGUGUAUGCCGCUUCUUUCGCCUGCUUCUGGGGUUAUCCAGUUUAAGAUGUCUGAAGGUCAAGCAAUGCAGGCUGGUGAACUUAUUGCAAGGCUUGAUCUAGAUGAUCCUUCAGCUGUAAGAAAAGCAGAACCUUUUAAUGGUAGCUUUCCUGUCCUGGGGCCUCCAACUGCUAUUUUAGGAAAAGUUCAUCAGAGGUGCGCUGCAAGUUUAAACGCUGCACGAAUGAUUCUUGCGGGUUAUGAGCAUAACAUUGAUGAAGAAGUGCAAAACUUGCUAAAUUGUCUUGAUAGUCCUCAACUACCUUUCCUUCAGUGGCAAGAAUGCUUGGCUGUUUUGGCCAACCGUCUCCCAAAGGAUCUCAAGAGUGAGUUAGAAUCAAAAUAUAAGGAGUAUGAUGGGAUUUCAAGUUCCCAGAUUGUUGAUUUUCCAGCCAAAUUGUUGCGAGGUGUUCUUGAGGCCCAUCUAAGCUCCUGCCCUGAUAAAGAAAGAGGUGCUCAAGAAAGGCUUGUGGAACCUUUAAUGAGUCUCGUCAAGUGUUAUGAAGGUGGAAGAGAAAGUCAUGCUCAUAUUAUUGUUCAGUCCCUUUUUGAAGAGUAUCUUGCCAUUGAAGAAUUAUUUAGUGACAACAUCCAGGCUGAUGUCAUAGAACGCCUGCGACUUCAGUUUAAGAAAGAUCUUUUGAAGGUUGUCGACAUUGUGCUUUCUCAUCAGGGUAUAAAAAGUAAGAACAAGCUGAUACUAAGACUCAUGGAACAAUUGGUUUAUCCGAAUCCUGCUGCAUACAGGGAUAAACUAAUCAGGUUUUCUACACUUAAUCAUACAAAUUAUUCUGAGUUAGCACUAAAAGCAAGUCAACUGCUGGAACAAACCAAGCUAAGUGAACUUCGUUCCAGUAUUGCACGGAGCCUUUCCGAACUUGAGAUGUUUACAGAAGAGGGUGAAAAUAUGGAUACUCCUAAGAGGAAAAGUGCCAUUAAUGAACGGAUGGAGGCUCUUGUAAGUGCUCCAUUAGCAGUUGAGGAUGCCCUUGUUGGUCUCUUUGAUCAUAGUGAUCACACACUUCAAAGACGGGUUGUGGAGACUUAUGUUCUUAGACUGUACCAGCCCUACCUUGUAAAAGGGAGUGUUAAGAUGCAGUGGCACAGAUCUGGUCUGAUUGCUUCAUGGGAAUUCAUGGAAGAGCAUAUUGAAAGAAAGAGUGGAUGUGAAGAUCGAACAGCUGAUACAAUGCUGGUUGCAAAACAUUGUGUGAAGAAAUGGGGAGUUAUGGUUGUUAUCAAAUCUCUUCAGUUAUUGCCUACAGUUAUUGGUAUUGCUUUGAAGGAAGUGAGUCAUAUAUUUCAUGAUACAAUUCCGAAUGGGUCUAUGGAAUCAGCUAGCCAUGGUAAUAUGAUGCAUAUUGCAUUGGUGGGCAUCAACAACCAGAUGAGUUUGCUUCAGGACAGUGGUGAUGAGGAUCAAGCUCAAGAGAGAAUUAACAAGUUAGCGAAGAUACUUAAAGAGCAAGAAUUAGGCACCAGUCUCCGCACUGCAGGCAUUGGGGUUAUUAGUUGUAUCAUUCAGAGGGAUGAAGGUCGGGCCCCUAUGAGGCACUCCUUUCAUUGGUCAGCGGAGAAGCUACAUUAUGUGGAAGAGCCUCUGUUGCGUCACUUGGAACCACCAUUGUCCAUUUACCUUGAACUGGACAAGCUUAAAGGCUAUGAGAAUAUACAGUAUACUCCAUCCCGAGACCGUCAAUGGCACCUUUACACUGUAGUAGAAAAGACACUACCAAUCCAGAGAAUGUUUCUUAGAACACUUGUAAGGCAACCCACCACAUAUGAAGGAUUUGUGGCAUAUCAAGGGCUUGACAUGGGAACAACCCUAAACCAGCAGGCAAUGUCUUUUACUUCAAGGAGCAUUUUGAGGUCCUUAAAAGCUGCGAUGGAGGAGUUGGAACUUAACGUGCACAAUACUACUGUCAAAGCUGACCAUGCGCAUAUGUACCUUUAUAUCUUACGGGAGCAACAUUUAGAUGAUCUUUUACCCUACCCCAAGAGAGUUGAUGUGGAUUCUGGGCAAAAAGCAACAGUUGAGAUGAUCUUGGAAGAGUUGGCACGUGAAAUCCAUGCAUCUGCUGGUGUAAGAAUGCACCGUUUAGGUGUUUGUGAGUGGGAAGUAAAGCUUUGUAUGGCAUCGGCUGGAGAGGCCAAUGGUGCUUGGAGGGUGGUGGUUGCUAAUGUGACUGGUCACACUUGCCGCGUGCAUAUAUACCGAGAACUGGAGGAUACCCACAAGCACAGGGUGUUCUACCACUCAAUCUCUGCACAAGGUCCUCUGCAUGGCAUGCCAUUGAAUGCACAGUAUCAGCCUUUGGGAGCUCUUGACAGGAAACGCCUUUUGGCUAGGAGAAGCAACACUACAUACUGCUAUGAUUUCCCGCUGGCAUUUGAGACUGCUUUGGAACAGUCAUGGGCAUCACAAUGCCUGGGUACCAAUAAACCCAAGGACAAAGUUCUUAAAGUCGCAGAGCUCACAUUUUCUGAUCAAAAAGGUUCAUGGGGAACACCUCUCACUUCUGUGGAGCGCCCCCCCGGGCUCAAUGAUGUUGGCAUGGUAGCCUGGAGUAUGGAAAUGUGUACUCCAGAAUUCCCUUGCGGAAGGACAGUUUUGAUUGUAGCGAAUGAUGUGACAUUUAAAGCUGGAUCUUUUGGCCCCAGAGAGGAUGCCUACUUCCUUGCAGUGACUAAUCUUGCUUGCACUAAAAAGGUACCUCUAAUUUAUUUGGCAGCUAACUCCGGAGCCCGUAUCGGAGUAGCUGAGGAAAUAAAAGCAUGCUUUAAAGUUGGUUGGUCUGAUGAAUCAAACCCUGAGCAUGGUUUUCAGUAUGUGUAUUUAACUCCGGAGGAUCAUGCACGCUUUGGAUCAUCUGUGAUUGCGCAUGAGUUAAAAGUGGCAAGCGGAGAAACUAGAUGGGUUAUAGAUACCAUAGUUGGAAAGGAGGACGGUUUAGGGGUUGAGAAUUUGACAGGCAGUGGAGCCAUUGCUGGUGCAUAUUCGAGGGCCUACAAGGAAACCUUUACCUUAACAUAUGUGACUGGCAGAACUGUUGGAAUAGGUGCCUACCUAGCCCGCCUUGGAAUGCGAUGCAUACAGAGGCUCGAUCAGCCCAUAAUUCUGACUGGCUUCUCUGCGUUAAACAAACUUCUAGGCCGGGAGGUGUACAGCUCACAAAUGCAACUUGGUGGGCCUAAAAUUAUGGCAACCAAUGGGGUUGUUCAUCUCACAGUCUUAGAUGAUCUUGAAGGAGUAUUGGCUAUUUUGAAGUGGCUUAGCUAUGUACCCCCCUAUGUAGGUGGCGCACUUCCCAUUUUAGCUUCUUCAGAUCCUCCAGAAAGGCCCGUGGAAUACUUACCUGAAAACACAUGUGAUCCUCGUGCAGCUAUUUCUGGUGCUUUGGAUAGUAGGGGAAAGUGGCUUGGUGGUAUUUUCGACAAGGAUACUUUUGUGGAGACACUGGAGGGCUGGGCAAGGACUGUUGUAACAGGAAGGGCAAAGCUUGGGGGAAUCCCUGUGGGAAUUGUUGCUGUUGAGACACAGCCUGUGAUGCAAGUUAUCCCAGCAGACCCUGGUCAGCUUGAUUCACACGAGAGGGUUGUCCCUCAAGCUGGGCAAGUAUGGUUUCCUGAUUCUGCAACUAAGACUUCCCAAGCAUUGUUAGAUUUCAACAGGGAGGAACUCCCACUUUUCAUUCUUGCCAACUGGAGAGGCUUUUCUGGUGGGCAGAGAGACCUUUUUGAAGGGAUCCUUCAGGCUGGAUCAACCAUUGUUGAGAACCUUAGAACAUAUAAGCAGCCUGUUUUUGUAUACAUUCCCAUGAUGGGUGAACUACGUGGUGGGGCAUGGGUUGUUGUGGACAGCCGGAUUAAUUCUGACCACAUUGAAAUGUACGCUGAUCGGACAGCUAAAGGGAAUGUCCUUGAGCCAGCAGGGAUGAUUGAGAUCAAAUUCAGGGCAAAGGAGCUGCUGGAGUGCAUGGGCAGGCUUGACCAGCACCUGAUAAAUCUAAAGACCAAGCUUCAGGUAGCUAAGUGUAGUGGGCCCCGUGGGGAUGUUGAAUCUCUACAACAGCAAAUAAAAGCCCGUGAGAAGCACCUUUUGCCAGUUUACACUCAGAUAGCCACCCGGUUUGCUGAACUACAUGAUACUUCCUUGCGGAUGGCUGCCAAAGGUGUAAUCAGGGGAGUUGUUGAUUGGGCUCACUCUCGGACUUUCUUCUACAGAAGAUUGCGUCGGAGAAUCAGCGAGGGAUUGCUGAUCAAGACCAUUCAAGAUGCUGCUGGUGAGCACAUGUCACAUAAAUCUGCAAUCGACUUGAUCAAGACGUGGUUUUUAGAUUCUAGGAUUGCUCGAGGUAGAGAAGAUGCUUGGUUUGAUGAUGAAGCUUUCUUCACAUGGAAGGAAAAUCCAGGAAAUUAUGAAGAAAAGCUGAAGGAGUUGCGGGUCCAGAAGAUAUUUCUGCAACUGUCGAAUAUUGGUGAUUCAAUGUUGGAUUUGCAAGCACUACCUGAAGGUCUUGCGUGCCUUCUGCACAAGAUGGAGCCAUCAAGCAGAGUGGAAUUGACUGGUGAACUUCGAAAAGUGCUCAAUUGAUAAGAUAGUUUGUGGUUCAUCGGCAAGCCUGGUCCUGCAAUUUGCCCUGCCCUUUUUCUGCUCAAGGAUGAUUCCACCUAGAAGACCAAAGGUGGAUGACCUGCCUUCUCCCCAUGCAAAUGCUGCACUACCCUAUAAGUAUGAUCUUGCUGGCAAAAUAAAUUUCCUUUGGAAAAAUAAAUUGGAAGAGCUCUUCCUCUUAAUGCUAUUGCAUCAAGUGUAAAUUCUUGUAGUUCCCGGAGUUCAUGUAGGAAAUAGCCGCAGAUUAGGCAAAACAGAAAACAAUUGGGAAUUGGCAGGUUGUGUUUCAUUAGUUUUCCAUAUGGAUGAUAAAAUCCUUUCGCUUAUUUGUAAUUUUUUUCUGCUAAAAUCUCUUUUGCUAUUUUUUUAAUAGAACUAGCUAAUCUAUUUCAAAAA